AUGUCUCUAGGACAAAAGUCAAUAUUUCAUAUUCUAACUUCCGAAGCUGGUUUAAAGUUGAAAAGUAAUGGAGAAGGGCCACACGAACUGGGGAUAGAACCUUCAACUUUUCGACGCGAACUUUGUCAAAAGUUAAUGUCGCAUCCGCAGUAUCCCGAUCCUAUUAUUGAUCAAUUUUUAGAAGCAUUACAAGAAUUAUUGGACGAGGAUCCAGCACAGUUUAUGACGUGUUUAAAACCUCUUUUGGUGAACGGAGAAUCAAGAUUCGGUACAGAUAGUUUGAUUAGAAUUCUAUUGGGUAUCGAUGUUAUCCAAUCAAAACUAUUUGACCAAUUAUUAGAGAGAUUACCGACAUUCAUUUCAGAGUCGGAUAAUGAUAGCGUUGAAUCACCAAUUCCACGAUUGAUAUUACAACAAUUGAAAUGGCUAGAGUAUACAGUUGACCCUCUUCGUUUAACAGAAAAAAUCUUGGAGAUGAUACCCAUCACUCCUUUAGACAUCCAAAGAGAAAUUAUAAUAAAUUUACCUGAAAUUAUUAACGAUUCAGAACAGAUGACGGUUAUUAAGGCUCUUAUAGAUUUAAUGGACCAAAGCCAUCGAUUAAUAGUCCCCAUUCUUGAUGCACUCUCUAAUUUUAUAAUACAAGAAGAUUAUAUGUGUAAAAUUCGCGAAACAGUCUUUGAUCAGCUUGAAUCAGCAGAUUUGGAAGAUUUACCACUUAUUAUCAAGUUCUUGCUUCAGACGGCUACACUUGAAGAUGCUUUUAUAAUUAUUAAACAAAUUAGGGAAAGAGUCGAUUUUCGUUCAAUAGGAAAAUUACAAAACGAAGCAAACCAAUCGAAAUGUAAUCAAAAGAAGAAAAAGGAACAAGUUCCUGAAUCUUUGAUUCUUGAUUCAAUUAAAAACGGAAUUCAAUUUCAUAAGUUCAUUAUGGACGCUUGGAUUAAAGCAAUCAAUGAUAUCAAAGUGACGACAAAACACAUGAUCAUUGACGUUUUGGUUUUGUUGAUUAUGCAUUCAAUCCCGGGUGCAAAGAAAAAAGUUGAAAAUAUAUUCCGUAAAAAGAUUGAAAGUGGCCUUUUUACAAGGGAGCUUUUAGAAGAAGCCAUUACGUGUCACUAUGAAGGUUUGCAAGAAUAUUUUAAUAAUAUUAUUUCACUUUCGGAAAGCCUUCUUCGAUCAAGUCAACAGCAAGCAACAUUAGCACGGGCUGCUUGUUCAUUAUAUAAAAGUUCUUUCAUGGUAUUCGAAACUUAUGAACAACAAGAAAUUAUAGCCUCGUUAGUAACACAUAUUGGGAGUGGUUCAAAUACUGAGGCAGAUUCUGCACUAUCAGUACUUUCACAUCUCGUUGAAACUGAUCUCGUAAAAAUAUGCCGAUUCACAAUUUUUGUGAAAGGGAUCUUGGAUUAUUUGGAUAACCUAUUAAUAGAUCAAAUUAGAAUAUUAUUUGAUGUGUUAAGUAAACUAAUAUGUGAGGACGCUAACUACGGGGAUGGUAGAAGUGGCUUACUUUCUGAGUUUUCAAUUGUUAUUCAAAAACAAUUGUCGAAUCCUAGUGAAAAAUACAAACAGAUCGGUGUCAUUGGAGCUUUAGCUUUGGUGAAAACUUUGGGCGCCAAAGAAUUAAGUUCAAAUGAUGUUGACCCAAAUUCUGGUUUAAAGGACUCAGAGAAACGUAAUCCAUUCUUAGAUAUAGUAAAAGAAACUCUUACUAAAAUUGAGCGACAUUGUGUGAGAUCAAUGGCUUGUCUUUCUUUUGCGUUUGACGAGCUCGCCUAUUUCAUUUCUCAUGAUCUUUUAGAUGAGGAUCUCGUCAUUUGGAUCAAUGAUAAAUUAGCUUCUCCAUUUCAAGAUUACUUUAUCUUAGAUGAAGAUGACAUAUCAGUCUAUAAUAAGGAGGCUUAUCAUUUACCACGGAUACCAAUCGAACCCUGGAUGAAGAUAGAUGGUGAAUUAUUAAAUAUUAUAUACCCUUUAUUAUGUGAGCCUUAUGUAUCCGCAGACGUACGCACAAGUCUUGGUGUAAAACGUGAUUGGAUAAUGAGCUCUUGUUCAAUGUUUAAAUUAUGGCAAGCGUGUGAAAAGGCCAAAAAUAAAGGAUCAUUAGAAGAGAUCGAUGCCUUGUUGGGCAUGGGGAUACUCAUGUACGAAAAACAAACAGCAGAACAUAUGAAAAGUAACAACUAUACAAAAUUAAUGUACGAAACUGCAUGUAACGCAUUAUUUUAUGCUAUUAACUGGUUCCGAGAGAUUGUCAACGCAUUUUGGAGUCAAUCGGAUAUUGAUGAUACAACAUGUAAAAAAAUAAUAACAAGAUUACAGAAUAUAAAUGAAUUAGAGAACCUUUUGACCGAGUUAUUAAAAAUAACUCCAACCUUUCAGCCCUUUGGAUUUGGAGUACCUACACAAAAAUCAGUUACAAAAGUCAGGGCUAUUGCCAUACCAAUUGAUACUUCACAAAGAAAUAUUAUUAGAGCAGGCAAGACAGCAAGAAGAUCGGCUAUUAGUAAAGGAAAGAUCAUAAGUGCUCGUAGAAUUGAAGAACAAGAAGAGGAACAAAGCAAAAUUAAUGAUUCUGUUCCGCAGUUUAUGUGCGCUGCGGAUUUAAGACCUUUAAUGCGCGAACUUGAAAUGGAAACAUUUGGUAUCUUAAAGUAUGGAGAAUUCAAAAAGUCUCAAGUUGAUUAUGACGAUAACGAUGAUGGAUCUAAAGAUAAAGAAGUUUGUGAUGAUGAAAUUCGUUUAAAACCUAAAGAAAUCAUUUAUCUUCUUGAAGACCUUAAUCGAAAGCUUGAACACAAAAUAUCACCAUCAUCUAUGAAUAUACCUUUUUUCGCUAAGAAGUUUAAAAAGAACGAAAUCAAUACAAAAUCUAAAGGAUUUGACUUAAUUUCGCGACAGUCCGCAUUGGAGAUUGUUAGUACAGUCUCCGAAAAGUAUUUGCCACUUCUAUUAACUCAAUUUGAGUCAAUUUGUAACUUGCUCGAUCCGGACAAUGAUGUCUUGUUAGAAAGAAAUGAGUUAAAUGAAACCCAAAAGUGUCUUGAGUUAUUACUUGAAAUAAUUCAUCGACUGGUUUCAUGGUCUGAUUUGAAGAGUCCGGAUAAUGUACAGACAUUAAUCAACAUUUUGAACCAAAUUUCUUCAAGAGAUGAUUCUUUAACCGAAUCCACGACUACUUCAAUUCAACGUGAUUGUCUUCAAAAAUCUAUCACGGAUGUAUUUGAAUAUUUACUUAAAUUUUCAUCAAAACUUCCAACUGCAAAUUUGGCUAUUUUAUUUCAUAAGAUACUUUGUAAAGUUAAUGAACUCGCACCUGAUCCAAAUGAAUUAUCCGUUAAAUUCGGAGAUAUUGCACGAUAUUUUGCAACUUAUCAAUGGCAGGAUCGAAAACAAUUGAAGCCUUCCUCAAUUGUAUAUCUUAUACAACAAGAUAUUCAUUAUUCGAUAGAUAAAAUAGAAAGAAUCAAAUACUAUGCUGAUUUAGUCCUUCCCUCUCUUGAAAAUAAUGAAGAAAAAGUAUUACAAGAAAAUCCAUUAUUUAAUAAGGAUACGUUUCAACACUUCUACAAGGCCUUAUCUAUAGAGUUAAUUGAAACUUUACGGGAAUUUAAGAUGAAUGGGACUACAGAAGAAAUCCUAACGCAAUUUACCAGCAUGGUUUAUUGUUGGCAAAGAUUGGUUUCUUUUAUAAAGAAAAAUCAUAAGCGUGUUAUACUCUCCGUGGUGUUGAGAUAUGGUCGUGGUUUUAUUGAUUUGUUUGUCAAAAAAAUGUUGCCAUUCAUAGAUGAGAGUUUCAAGUUACAUCGAGAUGUAACAUUGAUAAUUUUUAAAGAUUUUCAGAACGCAACUCGGAAUAUUCAGACGCUUUGCACUCAUGUGAAGGUAGCUAAAGAUACUAUGUUGGCUGCAAUGGUCCCAGCUGUAAAAAAGUCUUUGGAGAUAGUAAUCUUCCAAGUUAAGGCUAUGUUACAACAUAAUGGAUAUCCUCCAGAAGCAUUUUUCAUGGGAGCUCUCAAAUGUCGCGAUAUUGAAGGAAAUAUAGUUGAUCCUAAUAUGCCUAUAGACGAGGAUACAAGAGAUGAAGUAAAUUCAGUUCUGAAUGAUGAUGAUGACGACGACGGUGAUGAUGAAGACAUAGAGAAAAUUGAAGAAGAAAAGCAAGAUGAAAAUGAGGAAGAUGAUGAUAAUGAGAUUGCAUCAGAGACUUCAAGAUCUGCCGAUAAAAUUCGUGAACGGAAAGGUAAAAAGAAAACUAAUACCCCGCAAUUUGAAGAAAUGGAAGAUGGCUCAUCUGAGAAGAAUGACGGCCAUAUAACUGAAGACGAAGAAGUAGACGAUGCAUCAGUUGCAAAGACUGAUUCGAUAAAUUCUGAUGUAGAACAGGAUAUAAUUGAACUCUUAGAUGAAUAUAUUGAAGAGAAAGAAUUAGAGAGUUAUAAUAGAAAGCGUAGCGAGUGUUCUGCAGAUGAUGAUGAAAAUGAGUCAGCGGCAGCAUCCUCUUCCAAAUCAACGCAUAAACGAUUAAGAAUGGAGUCAAAUAAAUAG